UUUACCGAGUGGCGCAGCGGUCUAAGGUACUGCAUCUCCGCGUCACUAUAGUACCUGGUUCGAAUCUAGGCUGUAUGACAUCUGGCCGUGAUUUAAAGUUCCAUAUAGCGGGGCCCGGGUUUGGCCGAACUAGGGCGUCAUAUAAAUUGACUUUACCUAGUUAAUUUUUUAUGAUCAACUGCUGUUGGCCUGUUUCGUUACCUCAAGAAAGGAAGACGGGAAAACCCCUCUAUUUCCUCCUGUGGAGUUGACGCGUGUGACGUCAUAGGGGGAGUGGCGGACUGUCCGUACUGACACUGCUCAGAGAGAGAGAGACAUUUCACAUGGAUAGCAGCACGAACAUUACAUUCAAUCGCGAAACUGUUGGGCUAUGAAAUACUGGUGUCAUAUAUGAGACCUGCCUGAAAGAAAGAGAGAGAGAGAGAGAGAAAGAGAUGAAGAUUGGUGCUAUCUCAAUGCUGAGCCCGGUCAAAGAUGUCUUACCAUGGAAAGAGUUCUCCCACAUAGCCCGUCUGAGCCCCACAGAGCCCCACGACACAGUCGGAUGGCUGUCCACUCUGCCUGCCCUUCACAGUCAUCAUCCACCCUGUCCCAUCUGUGAGAGAAUGCACCCUAGUGGUACCCACUGCUCUGCCCCGGAAGAGAGCGGCAAGACCUCCACAGAACCUGGAGAGGCUCAGCUGGACUUCUACCUUAAACUGGGCUACUCCCCAGCGCAGGUCUGGACCGUGUUGCAGAAGUUUGGCCUGAACACAGACACUAACAGGGUUCUGGGGGAGCUGGUGCGGACGGGAGCCAGUCUAGAAGGGAUUGAGAAGGAGCAGGAGAAGGAGGGAGCCCCGUCUAUCCUGGUGGGCCGAGGGGAGACCCUCAGUAACCUGCCCCUCACCCCUCCACCCAGCCGGGGCGAUGUACCCAGUGAGGAGGGUGAUGCCCUGAGACCCAUAGUGAUCGAUGGGAGCAACGUGGCUAUGAGCCACGGGAACAAGGAAAUGUUUUCCUGCCUGGGAAUCCAGCUGGCGGUAAACUUCUUCCUGGACAGAGGUCAUACGGACAUCACUGUGUUUGUUCCCUCAUGGAGGAAGGAGCAGCCUAGACCAGAUGUCCUCAUCACAGAUCAACACAUUUUGCGUGAGCUGGAGAGGAAGAAGAUCGUGGUGUUCACCCCUUCGCGGCGUGUAGCGGGCAAACGUGUGGUCUGCUAUGACGAUCGCUUCAUCGUCAAGCUGGCGCAUGAGACCGCCGGCAUCAUCGUGUCCAACGACACCUACCGUGACCUUCAGGGCGAGAGACAGGACUGGAAGCGCUUCAUUGAGGAGAGGCUACUCAUGUACUCCUUCGUCAAUGACAAGUUCAUGCCCCCUGAUGACCCUCUGGGUCGUCAUGGUCCCACCCUGGAGAACUUUCUACGGAAGGUUCCUCGUUUGCCACGGAAACAGCCGUGCCCUUAUGGCAGGAAAUGCACUUAUGGGAUGAAGUGUAAAUUCUACCACCCGGAACGAGCCAACCAAUCCCGUUGCUCUCUGGCUGACGAGCUGCGGAAGAAGGCCAAGCUAUCUUUAUCAGAACAAAAACACCCCACUGCAGGUGCUGGACCUGCCUAUGGCCUUUCUCUGGAGGAGGGGACGGCUCAGAAACUGCCUCUAGAACAGAGGAAUGGCUCCCUGAAGAAAGGCCACAUCAGUGAGAAUGUGCUUCUGAUCAAGGGAAGCCAUCUGUCCAGCCAGAGGUCCCCAACUAAGAAGGACAAGACCAACCGACACUUGACCAAUCUGGACUUGGCCAUGCCCAGUGGCUCUCAAUCCCCGACAGACCUGGACUCGGCCCUGCCCAGUGGCUCUCAGGAGCGACUAGAUUCUGGUCUUGGCUCCUUCGAGAGCCAGGUGUCUGACCCCUCCAGGGACCACUGUGACCGUUAUGGGAAUGCUGGGUUUAGGAACUGCCUGUCCCCCCCUAGUAUGAGACAACAAAUCUAUUCCCUGCCUAGCAACCUGCCUUCUAGCUGCAGCUCUCAUCCUCCUCAGCCUUUACUGGGCCCCAGCACAGGAUACCAACAACAUCGCAGCAGGGGCCCAGCCAGCACCCACAACAACACCCACAGCCCACAUCACAGCAUGGGCCCAGCCAGCACCUACCACCCAGGCAAGAUAACCUACAGCCCCACCUAUUACCUCAGCUAUGGGGCACCGAUAUAUCCAGUUGGGGAGCAUCAGUACAGGUAUCCCAAUGACUUCCAACAGGAGAACAGGGCCCAACCUCCACAGCAGACCUACUGGUCCGAUCCGUUCGGGACUUAUCCUCAGACUCUCCAUAGCACUGCUCAAAUGGAGAAGCAGAGACACUGGCUCCUCCCUCAGACACAGCCCCACCCCCACGGGGAGAGCAGGGAGAGAGAGGAGGUCAGGAAGAAGCUGCUGGCUAUCUUUAACGGCCGUCUGGUGGACAAGGUCAUGGACAUGUUUCCCCAGCUCAUGGACCCACAGAGAUUGGCUGCUGAGAUCCUCAUCCUGCAGUCUCCGGGCCUGUGAUUGGCUCGUUGCUCUGGUAUGGUGGGGACUGGAAUUUUAGUUUCUUUCAAUUGAAAGUAUCUCUUGUAAAAAAAAAACUGCAAGCUACUGUAAAGAUCUUCCUACUGUAUGUGCAUUGAUCUUCCUACUGUAUGUGCUCUGCUCAAUGUGUUCUUGCCACGUGUUUCAGGAACUAUGUUGCUUAUAGCGCUUCUGAUAGCGUGGAACCUGAGGCAAUGGAUUGUUGAUGCAAAUUGCAUCUUUUGGGGAGAAAAAAAUAUUAUUUCUAGACUCUUGAAUGUAUUUGAUGGGAAAAUGUCAUGUAUUUGAGAAACAAUAUUCUUACAGUGUUUUAAUUUUUUUAUUUCACCUUUAUUUAACCAGGUAGGCCAGUUGAGAAACACCUUUAUUUAACCAGGUAGGCCAGUUGAGAAUACCUUUAUUUAACCAGGUAGGCCAAUUGAGAUCAAGUUCUCAUUUACAACUGCAACCUGGCCAAGAUAAAGCAAAGCAGUUCGACAAAAACAACAACACAGAGUUACACAUAAACAAACGAACAGUCAAAUAACACCAUAGGAAGAAAAAAAAUCGAUGUAUGCAUUUACAUAUGUAUUGAUGUGUUCUGAGGUCUAUGUAUCAAGAUGAGUUAUGGCAUAAAGAGUUUUAUUGGCACUGUGUGCCAUUAUGGUAGGUCACAGCUAACUAUCUAGCUAGUACGCUAGUGAAGUAGAUGCCCUAUGGGUCUUGUUUUUUUGAAUAACAUUAAAGCUGGAAUUCAUACUUGGCUACACAGCCACGUCCGUUUGAGACCUUACAACAACAAAGAUUUUACUUCAAACAACCAACACAGUCCCCCCCCCCCCCCCCCCCCC